AUGUCGGCAACAAGACCGGAUCCAGUGACGCCUUUUGCGCUGGCUACGCCGCUGUUCAACAAGCUCGCGGGAAAGCGGGUGAUCCUGGCUAGCUCGAGCCCGCGGCGAAAGGACAUCUUGGCGUCGGUGGGUCUCGUUCCGGAGAUCGUGCCAAGCACCUUCGAGGAGAACCUGCCAAAGACCGAUUUCAUCGGCGAAGCGGUGUACGAGUAUCCCGUUCAGACCGGGUCCAAGAAGGCGCUCGAAGUGUACCAGCGACUGGUGACAGAGAACCCGGAAGACCCGCCAGACUUUGUCAUCUCCGCCGAUACAGUGGUGGUCAAAGACGAAGUAAUCAUGGAGAAGCCAAAGGACCAGCAGGACAAUCUUCGCAUGCUCGCGGACCUCAACGGCAGCUCGUGCGAGGUUGUCACAGGCGUCACCGUGGUAUGGCCGAUCAUCAAGGCGCCAGGGUUUGCAAUGAGAUCUCUGUGCGAGAAGACGUUCGUCCACUUCGCAGACAACCCGUAUUACAUGCUCAAGGCGUACGUCGACUCGCAAGAGGGCAUUGACCGCGCUGGCGGCUUUGCAAUUCAGGGCCGCGGCUCGCUGCUGGUCAGGUCGAUCGAGGGAGACUACAAUAACGUCGUCGGCUUCCCCCUGUACGCCUUCAGCGCGUACCUCCACGAUCUGCUGGAGAACGACGAGCUGGACAUCGUCGAGGACGAUGACUGA